GGGUAAUUUUGUCAAAGGUGAGCUGGUCUCCCUCAACUGAACUGCCAGCCCAUGUCUAGGAGACCUUAGCAUCUGGAAUCUGGAUACUUCACAAUUGUCUCCCUUGCAGGGAAAUUGAGAUCACCAGGAUUCAUCUGCCAUUUUGGACCCUUUGCUGCCACUUGCCAGGUGGCCCCCACUGCUGAGGAAAAGUGAUGGAUUUCCCAGUCUCCCUGGACUCCUACCAGCGAGUACGUCUUCCCAGCAGUCUCUCCUUCCUCACUCACCUCCUCCUCCUCCUUCAUCCUGGGGAGAUGCACUCAGAGGAGGUCAGGGUGAUAGGCCAUGGGGAACCCAUUCUGGCACACGUCGGGGAUGAGGUGGAAUUCUCGUGCCACCUGUCGCCGUACCGGGACGCCGAGCACAUGGAGAUCCGCUGGUUCCGGAGCCAGGCCUCGGACGUGGUGCACCUGUACCGGGAGCGGCAGGAGUUCUAUGGCCAGCAGAUGGCGCAGUUCCAGAACAGGACCGAACUCGUCACGGACGAGAUCGCUGAUGGCAGCGUGACCCUGAGGCUCCACCCCGUGGUCCCCGCCGACGAGGGUCCAUACGGGUGCCGCUUCCUCUCCAGCGACUUCACUGGGGAAGCGGUCUGGGAGCUGGAGGUGGCAGGGCUGGGCUCGGACCCUCACAUCUCCCUUGAGGGCUUCAAGCAGGGAGGCAUUCAGCUACGGUGCAGCUCCAGUGGCUGGUACCCCAAGCCACAGUCUCAGUGGAGAGACCAUCAGGGACGAUGCCUGCCUCCAGAGACUGAAGUCAUCGUCAAGGAUGCCCAAGACCUGUUCAGUCUGGAAACCUCUGUGGUCGUCCAAGGUGGGACCCACAGCAACGUGUCCUGCUCCAUCCAGAACCCCCUCCUGGGCCAGAAGAAAGAGUUCGUGGUCCAGAUAGCAGACGUAUUUUUACCCGGAACCUCUCCCUGGAAGAGAGCUUUCCUCGGGACGCUGGUGGGAGCGCUGCUCGUCCUGGCUCUCCUCCCGACGCUGGCGCUGUACUUCUUUCGGAAGCAACGGAGGUCCCAAGAAAAGCUGAAGAAGCAGGCGGAGAAGGACACAGGGAAACUUCAAGUGGAGCUGGACUGGAGAAGGGCCGAAGGCCAGGCGGAGUGGAGAGCAGCCCAACAACAUGCAGUGGAUGUGACCCUGGAUCCUGGCUCCGCCCACCCCAGCCUUGAGGUGUCCGAGGAUGGCAAGAGCGUGUCCUCCCGCAGGAUGGCGCCAGGCUCAGCGGACGGUGACCCCCAGCGGUUCUCCGAGCAGAUGUGCGUUCUAAGCCGGGAGCGCUUCUCCACGGGCCGCCACUACUGGGAGGUGCACGUGGGCCGCCGCAGCCGCUGGUUCUUAGGUGCGUGCCUGGCAGCGGUGCCGCGCGUAGGGCAGGCGCGCCUGAGCCCGGCGGGUGGCUACUGGGUGAUGGGGCUGUGGAACGGCUGCGAGUACUUCGUGCUGGACCCGCACCGCGUCGCGCUCACCAUGCGCGUGCCACCCCGGUGCGUGGGCAUCUUUCUGGACUGCGAGGCGGGAAAGCUGUCCUUCUUCAAUGUAUCCAAUGGCUCCCACAUCUUCACCUUCACGGACACCUUCUCUGGGACACUCUGCGCGUAUUUCAGGCCUAGAGCCCAUGACGGCAGCGAACACCCAGAUCCACUUACCAUCUGCCCACUGCCAGUUAGAGAGAAACGCAUCCCCGAAGAAGAGGACAGUGACACCUGGUUACAGCCCUAUGAGCCCUCGGACCCCGCCCUGGCCGUGUGGUGAGGUGCCCUCGUGGCCACAGGACUGGGUCCUGGGCGGCUUCCUGGAUACCCAGUCAGUGCUUUGCUCUCCUGCUUCCUCUAGACAGAACAAAUACACCGACGCCAGUGUAUGAACCAAAACACCAGCAAAGGCUUAAAAGGCUCAGUAUAGCAGAAAUGGGAAAAAGGGAGACCUUUGCCUAUGUAUCAAUAGAUGUGUAUGUGUACAUGUAUAAAUAUGAUUUUCUUUGAUUAAAAAAAAA